CGAAUUGUAUGUACGUAAGUAAGAACGUGUAGUUGUAAAUUAAGUGAAUGUAUCUAUGAGAAUUUAUCUGCCACGUUGUAAACGUUUAUUUUUCAAUAGAAAUAUAUCUACAAUGUCGAAAAAAAUUAUUUGUUUAUUUGAUGUCGACGGUACAUUAACUAAACCACGUUUGAAAAUAGAACCAAAUAUUGAAAAAUCAUUAUUAGAAAUAUCUAAAAAAGAAAAAUUUGACAUAGCCGUUGUUGGUGGAUCUGAUCUUGAUAAAGUAAAAGAACAAUUGGGUGGCAAUGAUGUAUUUAAAAAAUUUAAAUAUGUAUUCUCUGAAAACGGCCUUGUUGCUUUCAAAGAUGGAAAACAACUCGCAUCUGAGACAAUUCAAAACUUCAUAGGCGAGGACUCAUUGCAAGAUUUUAUAAACUUCUGCUUGCGGUAUAUAGCUGAUUUAAAACUACCUUUCAAACGCGGAACGUUCAUUGAAUUUCGUACGGGAAUGAUAAAUGUGUCGCCAGUCGGUCGUAAUUGCAGUCAGAAAGAACGUUUACAAUUUUAUGAAUACGACAAAGAACAUCACGUACGUGAGAAAUUUAUUCAAGCUUUGAAAAAAGAAUUUUCUGACAUGGCACUGACCUACAGUAUCGGUGGCCAAAUAUCAUUUGAUGUCUUUCCUAUUGGAUGGGACAAAACUUACUGUCUGCGGCACGUUGAUGAGUACGACGAGAUUCAUUUCUUUGGUGACAAAACACGAGAAGGUGGAAAUGAUUAUGAAAUUUAUGAAAGCGAUUUAACUAUCGGUCAUCGCGUGUCUGGACCAGAGGAUACACUCAAGCAAUUGAAAAUUCUCUGUGAAAUUCUUAAUGAAAAACGUAGUAAAGAGUAGCCUGUUAAGUAUUUAUUUUUUUAUUUGGCGCCAAGUGAAAAUAUUCAAAAUUCAUAUCCACUAUCAGCCGCUCAAGUCCAUCGGCAAUUGAUAUUUUUUUUAUUGGAUAUUUUUGUCGGUCACCUUUUGAUUAAAACCUUCUAAGUAUUU